CUAGUAAUAUGAUGAAAUUCAAAACAAUCACCAGAACUUAUGUUAUCAAUCCAUUAAUAACGAUAAGCCUUUUAGUACCAAAAAAACGUAUAAAAAAACGAAAAAGUACAUCUUGCAGAAAAAAAAAAGAGAAAAAAAAAAACUAGACAAAACUCACCUACUAAGCAGCCAAUGUGAGGUUUAAUAUAUGCGUAGUACUUUAGUUUUUUUUUUUUUUUUUUUUUUGACAACCUUAAUAUUUGUAUAUCUAUAUAUCCUUGGUUUAAUCAAACAUUUUACAAACAAAAAAUUAGCUAAUUGUUAAGCAGAAUAAUAGACUAAAGAAGAUGCAAUCUUUGAUGGAGGAAGAAAGUAACAUACACCAAGCCAUGCAGCUGACAACCGCAAUUGCAUUGCCUAUGGCAUUGAAGGCUGCCAUGGAUCUCGGUCUUUUCGAGAUCAUGGAGAAAGCAGGAUCUAGUGCUCGUCUUUCACCUUCCGAUAUUGCUGCUCGUCUUGCUCCAAACACGAACAAUCACUCCCGAACAUCACAGAUGAUAGAUCGCAUCCUCCGCCUUCUCAGCUCAUACUCUGUUGUGUCUUGCUCUGUUGCUGAUGAUCAUGACCACAGUCAUAAUGAUGGUCAAACUCAAAGGCUAUAUGCUUUAGCUCCGCUUUCACGGCACUUCCUUCAAAGCAAAGAUGGUCAAGGCUCUUUAGCACCGAUGUUCAACAUGAUCCACGACCCGUUCAUGACAAAUGUUUGGUACCACAUGAAAGAUGCAGUUCUUGAAGGGGAAGUUCCACUGGCGAAAGCAUAUGGCAAGGAUCCCAAGGAAUCUAUCGAGAAAGAUGAAAGAUUUGCUUCAAUCUUCUUUGAUGCCCUGGAAGAGUUCAAUACCUUGUUUAUAAACAAGAUUCUGAACGAGUACAAGGGAUUCGAAGGCCUAGAAUCGGUUGUGGAUGUAGGGGGUGGAAAUGGCUCGAUUCUUAAAGCAAUUAUAUCGAAGUAUCCAGCUAUUAAAGGCAUCAACUUCGACUUGCCACCCAUAAUUGAGAAGCAGCCCGUUCGUGCUGGAAUCGAGCACAUUGCAGGCAACAUGUUCACAACCAUUCCAACAGGAGAUGCAAUAUUCAUGAAGUGGGUACUAAAAAAUCUAGACGACGAGCAGUGCUUGAACGUGCUUAAGAACUGCUUCAAGGCAUUACCAGAUGGUGGAAAACUCAUGACCGUGGAGCUUGUAAUACCAGAUAUCCCAGAUAGUAACAUUGGCAGCCGAAGUGUGUUUCAGUUUGAUGUGUACCUGACAAAUAUGAAUGCUGGAGGAAAAGAGAGGACUGCAGGAGAAUUUCAGGCACUUGCAAAGGCAGCAGGAUUUAAAGGCAUCCAAGCCAUGGUUCGGGCAUAUGAUUUGACUCUUCUGGAGUUUCAUAAAACUGCUAUCACCAACUAAAAACAGUACUGAGAAAGAUUUAUCUGAACAGUUUUCCCAUGUAUCAAGUGUAUGCCGAACCCCUUUAUUUGCAGCAAUGUAAGAAUAAAUGGAAAUAAUACCAUAUGCAAUUGUAAUUACAAAUAGACUUUGUAAUCACGAAUAGACUUAUAUCAAUUAGUCAUGCGUGAUUGAUUUUUAUUGCUAUCUUCAAUAACAGCCAAGCCAAAA